GCUCAAAUCCAAUAUGUCCGCUGCGGGUCUACGGUCCGUGUUCUGCUAGGCUUCGCUUCUCUGAACGAAAACAAGGCACCUGGAGGAUGGCAGACGGCGGAGUUGGCGAGCUAGAGCAGCUUGAAUACUUAUCUUUGGUGUCCAAAGUGUGUACAGAGCUCGACAACCAUCUCGGAAUAAGUGACAAGGACCUGGCCGAAUUUGUCAUCAGCCUCGCUGAAAAACAACCAACUUUUGAUGGGUUCAAGUCGCUUCUGCUCAAAAAUGGAGCGGAAUUCACAGAUUCUCUCAUCAGCAAUUUGCUCCGACUCAUUCAAACUAUGCGGCCCCCAUCCAAGGCAUCUACAAGCAAGGGCUCUGAACCUUUGGUCAAGCCGAAGACAGAGAAGGAGAGGUUGAAGGAGCUGUUCCCUGCACUGUGUAGACCAAACGACCCAGCACCCAAGAGGCUACUAGAUGAAGAUGACGUGAAAGUAGCAGCUGAUGCUAUGAAAGAGUUGGAGAUGUUUAUGCCCAGCGUCAGUGGAAUUGAUUCAAAGAGCAGUAAGAGCGGGUCAGAAAAGAAGAGGCGACAUAGCCGAAGUCGUAGCAGAAGCAGAGAAAGAAACAGAGACCGAGACAGAGACAGAGAGAGAGAUCGGGAACGAGACAGGAAGAGACGGCACCGCUCUCGGUCUCGCUCCAGGUCCAGGUCUCACUCCAGAGACCGCGACAGACACAGAGACCGAGACCGUGGCAAAAGAAGAGAACGAUCGUCCCGCUGGACUGAGCGUUCCCCAUCUCCCCGCAGAGACAGAGACAGAGAUAGAGAUAGAGACAGAGACAGAGACAGAGACAGAGACCAAGACAAGGACUCUGACCGCUGGAGGGACAAACAUGUGGACCGGCCUCCACCAGAGGAGCCAUCUGUGGGAGACAUCUACAAUGGCAAAGUCACCAGCAUCAUGCAGUUUGGAUGCUUUGUACAGCUUGAGGGACUCAGGAAACGAUGGGAGGGUUUAGUUCACAUUUCAGAGCUGCGUAGAGAAGGUCGUGUGGCCAAUGUGGCUGACGUCGUCAGCAAGGGCCAGAGAGUCAAGAUCAAGGUGCUAUCAUUCACUGGCUCCAAGACAAGUCUCAGUAUGAAGGACGUAGACCAGGAGACGGGGGAGGAUCUAAACCCCAACAGGAGAAGGAACGUGGGUCCAGACGGAGGGGAGGAGACCUCUAUGAGGAACCCUGACCGGCCGACCAACCUCAACCUGGUCCACGCCCCAGAGCUGGAGCAGGAUGACACGCUGGAGCGCAAGAGGCUCACCAAGAUAUCAGAUCCAGAGAAGUGGGAGAUCAAACAGAUGAUUGCUGCUAAUGUCCUGUCCAAAGAAGAGUUCCCCGACUUUGAUGACGAGACAGGAAUCCUUCCUAAAGUCGAUGAUGAAGAAGAUGAGGAUUUGGAGAUUGAACUGGUGGAAGAGGAACCCCCAUUCCUGAGGGGACACACCAAACAAAGCAUGGACAUGAGCCCUGUCAAGAUUGUCAAGAAUCCAGAUGGCUCACUGUCCCAAGCAGCCAUGAUGCAGAGCGCCCUGGCUAAGGAGAGGAGGGAGCUAAAGCAGGCAGCGCGUGAGGCAGAAAUGGAUUCCAUCCCCAUGGGGCUCAACAAGCACUGGGUCGACCCGCUGCCAGACGCUGAAGGAAGGCAGAUUGCAGCCAACAUGAGGGGCAUUGGCAUGAUGCCAAAUGACAUCCCGGAAUGGAAGAAGCAUGCUUUUGGGGGUAACAAGGCUUCCUAUGGAAAGAAGACGCAGCUCUCCAUCCUGGAGCAGAGAGAGAGCUUGCCCAUCUAUAAGCUCAAGGAGCAGCUCAUUCAGGCCGUCCAUGACAACCAAAUCCUGAUCGUGAUCGGAGAGACUGGUUCUGGGAAGACCACGCAGAUCACCCAAUACCUGGCAGAGGCAGGAUACACCACCCGAGGGAAGAUAGGCUGCACUCAGCCCCGUCGUGUGGCCGCCAUGUCUGUGGCCAAGAGAGUCUCUGAAGAGUAUGGUUGCUGUCUGGGUCAGGAGGUGGGUUACACCAUUCGUUUUGAGGACUGCACCAGCCCCGAGACAGUGAUCAAGUACAUGACAGAUGGUAUGCUGCUGAGAGAGUGCCUGAUUGACUCCGAACUGGGACAAUAUGCCAUUAUCAUGCUGGACGAAGCCCACGAGAGGACAAUACACACUGAUGUUCUCUUUGGCUUGCUCAAGAAGACGGUACAGAAGCGUACAGACAUGAAACUGAUUGUAACCUCAGCGACACUGGAUGCCGUGAAGUUCUCUCAGUAUUUCUACGAAGCUCCCAUCUUCACCAUCCCAGGAAGAACAUAUCCAGUGGAGGUUCUCUACACCAAAGAGCCUGAGACAGACUAUCUGGAUGCCAGCCUCAUCACUGUCAUGCAGAUUCACCUGACUGAGCCUCCAGGUGACAUCCUGGUGUUUCUGACUGGUCAAGAGGAGAUUGACACUGCCUGUGAGAUCCUGUAUGAGCGGAUGAAGUCACUGGGGCCUGAUGUUCCUGAGCUGAUCAUCCUGCCGGUCUACUCUGCCCUGCCCAGUGAGAUGCAAACAAGGAUUUUUGACCCUGCACCUCCAGGCAGCAGAAAGGUGGUCAUUGCUACUAAUAUUGCAGAGACAUCUCUGACCAUUGAUGGAAUCUAUUACGUGGUGGACCCUGGCUUUGUCAAGCAAAAAGUGUACAACUCUAAAACUGGCAUUGACCAGCUGGUAGUGACUCCCAUCUCACAGGCCCAAGCCAAACAGAGAGCAGGUCGAGCUGGUAGGACAGGUCCGGGGAAAUGUUACAGGCUCUAUACUGAGAGAGCCUACAGAGAUGAGAUGCUGACAACCAACGUGCCUGAGAUCCAGAGAACUAACUUGGCCAGCACUGUGCUGUCUCUCAAGGCAAUGGGCAUCAAUGACCUGCUGUCGUUUGACUUCAUGGACGCUCCGCCCAUGGAGACUCUGAUCACAGCCAUGGAGCAGCUCUACACCCUGGGAGCUUUGGACGAUGAGGGAUUACUCACACGGCUGGGUAGAAGGAUGGCUGAGUUCCCUCUGGAGCCCAUGCUGUGUAAGAUGCUGAUCAUGUCCGUCCAUCUGGGCUGCAGUGAGGAGAUGCUGACCAUCGUCUCCAUGCUGUCUGUGCAGAAUGUCUUCUACAGGCCCAAGGACAAGCAGGCCUUGGCUGACCAGAAGAAGGCAAAGUUCCACCAGCCGGAGGGAGAUCACCUGACAUUGCUGGCAGUCUACAACUCCUGGAAGAACAAUAAGUUCUCUAACCCGUGGUGUUAUGAGAACUUCAUCCAGGCCCGCUCCUUGCGCAGGGCGCAGGAUAUCCGCAAACAGAUGCUGGGUAUCAUGGACAGACAUAAAUUGGAUGUGGUAUCUUGUGGAAAAGCCACAGUGCGGGUCCAGAAAGCCAUCUGCAGUGGCUUCUUCAGGAAUGCAGCCAAAAAGGACCCUCAGGAGGGCUACCGGACCCUCAUAGACCAACAAGUGGUGUACAUCCACCCCUCCAGCGCCCUUUUCAACCGUCAGCCAGAAUGGGUUGUGUACCAUGAGCUGGUGCUGACCACCAAGGAGUACAUGCGGGAGGUGACCACCAUCGACCCUCGCUGGCUGGUGGAGUUUGCGCCAGCCUUUUUCAAAGUCUCUGAUCCGACACGCCUCAGCAAGCAGAAGAAACAGCAGCGCCUGGAGCCUCUGUAUAACCGUUAUGAGGAGCCAAACGCAUGGAGAAUAUCUCGUGCCUUCAGACGGCGUUGAGAGUUGACACACUAAACACAGAUGCUGAGACAGUGGUGGUUAAGACGGGCUCCAUCGAGACAUCAUCGCUCCACCAUCAGACCCUUCACACUGAAAUGUGUCAUUACAGCUCUCACACUGAAGCUCCGUGAUCACGCCUACUGUUGAAAUUGUGCACAUUGUACAUUUUAUUUUUUCUACAGUCCCCUGCCAUCAUUUUUUUGUUUUAAAAAUAUUAACCUGAUGUAGACUGGGUUUCCAAAAAGCCAUCUUAGCACCAAGUUUAUCAUCAGGUAUCGAAAAGUGUUAAGAUGUUUUUGUUUGUAAACUGUACCUAGUAUCACCCAAGUGUGUAAGGCAAACUGUAUCACACACAGGCAGACAUGAUGACUUUUAGGGCUAAGAUAUUUGUCUUUUUCUUUUUUUUUUAAGGAAACCCAGAGUCAUGUACUUUAAAUGGCAUUGAACCAGUGAUGGGAAGAAAAGAUCUGUAUCUGUCUUUUGAGACACAGGUUUUAAGAUUAAUCUUCUGUGAGGAGAUUAUGCAAAAUUGGACUAUUUAUUUUGAUUCUAAUCACAUAAGGACCUCAUUGAUAACAACUUGUAAUGUGGCCUCGAUGUGAUUUGACCAGGCCAUGUGUUUGUUUAUGACCAUAAGAACUGAAACAAUACCUGUUUUAUAUAUUUUGUACUAAAAUGGGAAGACAUUCACUAGCACUGUCUGUGUGUAGCUCUCUGAGGUUGCUUAAAUGUACUUGCCAGUGGAUCCAUGAAAUGUUUGUCCUCAUUAAAUACUGAGUUCUCUUAA